CUUGGUGUGUUCCUAACGGCUAGCAGAGCGCACGAAGCUACCUUAGAGAACAGCCAUAUAUACGGCCAUAUUAUAUCACGCCACAUAUUAGUAUAUCGUAUAAUAAAUACAACCGUCGUAUAUGGGUAGUUACCCGAUCACACAACAAGCUGGCGCUUCGCUUUCUAAGAUGCAGUCUAAAUCUGCAUUCACGUCUUGCUUGACUGCUGGCGCUCUAAUACUAAGCUACGCUACAAUCGCUCAAGCGGGUACUGCACUGGCGGCCGAUAAAGAGGAUCACAGGGCCACCUCCACAACCCUAUUAAUAGAGUCUAAGACCACAUAUACAGAUGCAACAGCGUCUUGUGAAUUACUGGGAGGUCGGCUGGCAAGUAUAAACGAUGAGAGCGAAUUUUAUAGGCUGCUGCAGCUUGCUGGCGAAACACCUUGGAUCGGCCUGAAGUCUAAUCCCGAUAGAAUAAUAAGUAGCUAUAGCUGUCCUCCAGAUGUAAUCGGGCACGCUUGUACAGAUCACAUCAGACAAGCG